CGGAGCGACGGUCGAGACACGUCUCCGUGUUUCUGUCCAAAUAAAUAUUAAAUAUUACACUUUGCUCGUCUUCUCAACAGCUGAGCCACAACCGGGUGUCGAUAUGGCUGCUGCCAGCAACCUGCCGUCUGAAGACCAGUUCCUGUGCUCCGUCUGUCUGUCUGUGUUCACGGAUCCAGUCACAACACCAUGUGGACACAACUUCUGCAAGAAGUGCCUCAAUGAUUACUGGAAUACCAACAACCAGAACAUGUGUCCACUGUGUAAAAAGGUUUUCACCUCAAGACCUGAGCUGCACAUCAACACCUUCAUCUGUGAGAUGGUUUCUCAGUUCAGACAGUCGACUCAGCAGAAAGCCAGCAGCAGCAGCUCAGAGCAACAAGAGUCCAGACCAGGAGAAGUUCCCUGUGACGUCUGCACUGGAACCAAACUGAAGGCCCUGAAGUCCUGCCUGGUGUGUCUGGAGUCCUACUGUGAGACUCACCUGGAGGGUCACCUGACAAGACCAGGCCUGAAGAGACAUCAGCUGAUGGACCCUGUGGAGAACCUGGAAGGCAGGAUGUGUCUGAAGCACGAUAAACCUCUGGAGCUGUUCUGUAGGACCGACCAGACGUGUGUCUGCACGCUCUGCACUGUGUUGGACCACAAGAUGCACAAUGUUGUUCCUCUGAAACAAGAAUAUGAAGGAAAGAAGGUGGAGCUGCAGAAGACAGAGGCUGAAACUCAGGAGAUGAUCCAGAAGAGACGCCUGAAGAUUCAGGAGGUCCAACACAACGUGAAGCUCAGUGAGGAAGAUGCAGACCGAGAGAAAGCAGAAGGUGUUCAGGUCUUCACUGGUCUGAAGGAGUCUGUGGAGAGGAAACUGAAGGAGCUCAUCACUACGAUAGAAGAGAAGCAGAGAAGCACCAAGAAACAGGCUGAAGACGCCAUCAGAGAGAUGGAACAGGAGAUCUCUGAUCUGAUGAAGAGGAGCACUGAGGUGGAGAAGCUCUCCCUCUCUGAAGACCACCUCCACCUCCUCCAGAGUGUCCAGUCCCUCAACAUCCACCAUCCACCACCCACCAAGGACUGGUCUCAGGUCAGUGUUCCUCCAGCAUCACAUGAGGGGACUGUGAGGAGAGCUGUGUCUCAGCUGGAGGAGACGCUCAGUGACAUGAUGAAGAUGCUGGUUGAAGUUGAGAUGAAGAGGUUCCAGAAGUUUGCAGUGGAUGUGACUCUUGAUCCUGAAACGGCUCAUCCUCAACUCUUCCUCUCUGAUGACGGGAAACAAGUGAAACGUGGUGAUGUGAGGAAGAAUCUCCCCGACAACCCAGAGAGAUUUACUUCGUGUUUUUAUGUUUUAGGAAAGCAAAGUUUCUCUUCUGGCAGAUUUUACUUUGAGGUUCAAGUGAAAGGAAAAACUGUCUGGACUUUAGGAGUAACCAGAGAGUCGGUCAACAGGAAGGGAUACAUCACACUGAGCCCUCAGAAGGGUUUCUGGACUAUAGAGUUGAUGAAUGGAAAUGGUUGCUACGCUCUUGAUGACCCUCCAGUUCGUCUCCCCCUGAAGUCUCGGCCUCAGAAGGUGGGGGUGUUUGUGGACUAUGAGGAGGGUCUGGUCUCCUUCUAUGACGUAGAAGCUGCAGCUCUCAUCUACUCCUUUACUGGCUGCUCCUUCAAGGAGAAGCUCCUCCCACUCUUCUCUCCUGGUUUUAAUCUUUUUGGGACAAACUCCUCUCCUCUGAUCAUCUCUCCGUGAAUCAAACUGCCUGAUUAUUUUAUUCAUGAUCAAUAAGUCCCUGAACAAUAAUGCAUCACCAUCAAUACAUAAACACAUGAAAUUAGUCUUCACGCGUCCGGUGUAUUUAUACACCAGACAGAAGUUUUAGUACUACAAUACUGAAUUAGAGACACAUUUUGAAAUAAAAAGACGUAGGCCUAAUGUCAUUUGUGGUAAUAAAUGUCGGUAGGCUACAUAUUUAGUGAUAGCCUAUCUGAUGUGAACUUGUUUUCCUCUGAAUGUGUCAGUCAUCACUUGUGUCCCUCAGGCAGCUUCAGGGUUAAAACAGGAACAUCAAAAGUAUGUUUGGCGACGCAGUGAAAAAAUGUUUAAAUGGUGAUUUGAGAUCUUCUGACUUGUGGACUGUGGGUGUAACUCUGUUGAUCUCUACAGACGUAACGGGAGGAUGUCUUUCCUCUAAUUGUGUUCAAGGGCCAGUGUGUGACAUGUAGGGGCAUUCUUAGCAGCAAUGGAAUAUAAUAUUCAUACGUGUGUUUUAAUCUGUGUAUAAACACCUCAAACUAAGAAUCAAAGUGUUUUCCUUCGCUUUCUAUCUAACUUCCGCCAUCUUGCACCGCCAUGUUUCUACAGGAGCCCAGAAGGGACACUAUUUCUGGAGAGAGCCAUUCGCAUUUUUCAUGGUCUGAAGCUACGGGUGCGUUCAGGAACUACUGAUAAGCCCCGACAUUAGUACUCUGUAGAAAUCUACAGAUGGACCAUGUGGCUUUAAGAGAGAUUGCAUAACAUGUAUUCUACCUCUACUUUGAAACCUUUUAUUUCAUUGACUUUCUAUAUUGUCUGUAUUAGAUUUGUUUUCAUGUUUUAAAUAAACAUCUUUCAAUGGCA